UGAAAAAUGGGUCAUAAUGUGCUUCGAUAUUUACCUUCAUGAGUCUCAAGACCAAUCAAUUCAGCUCCUUUUAUAACUGCCACUUUCAUUUAGUAUUUCUACACAUUAUUACAUUGGUUGGAGAAAAUCCCGUUUCACCGUUAGAAUUCUCUCCCUUUGAUCUCACCGAAUUCACAGCCGCGCCACCUACACAUCACCCCAGCUCCACCGGGCGCCACCACUACCCCACCAGCCCCAAAGUGUUUGAUAAAAUACAUUUCAUACAAGAAACAGAGACAGAGAGAUUGGCUCCGUUUCACCUUCCUCCACCAUCAUAUGGAGAAAAGGCACAUGCUUUCUCCAUUUCUAACAAAACCCACCUGAUUUAGAGUAAUUUCAAUAUUGAGUUUGUCAAUUUGAAGGUGUUUGAUCCAUGGCGGCAGAGAAAACUGACAAAGUUAAAGAGAUCCUGGCAAGGCCAAUACAAUUGGCAGACCAGGUGACCAAAUUCGCCGAUGAUGCACAGAAUUUCAAACAGGAUUGCCAGGAAUUGAAGGGGAAGACAGAGAAGCUCGCAGGUCUGUUACGCCAAGCUGCGCGUGCAGGGAACGAGCUUUACGAGCGUCCGACGCGGCGAAUCAUGGACGACACCGAACAGGUCCUCGACAAAGCACUCUCGCUUGUCACCAAAUGCCGCACAAACAGCAUCAUGAAACGUGUUUUCACGAUCAUCCCCGCCGCAGCCUUUCGGAAGAUAUCGAUGCAGCUUGAGAAUUCCAUAGGCGACGUUUCGUGGCUUCUCCGAGUGUCGGCAUCUGCUGAUGAUCGUGACGAUGAGUAUCUCGGUCUCCCUCCAAUUGCUGCAAAUGAGCCAAUUCUCUGUCUCAUUUGGGAACAAAUUGCGAUCAUGUUCACGGGUUCGUUAGAGGAGCGAUCGGACGCUGCUGCCUCGUUGGUUUCGUUGGCUCGUGACAAUGAUCGAUACGGUAAACUGAUUAUCGAGGAAGGUGGGGUUGGGCCAUUGUUGAAAUUGGCCAAGGAGGGGAAGAUGGAAGGUCAAGAAAAUGCUUCCAGGGCAAUUGGGUUGUUAGGGAGAGACCCUGAAAGCGUCGAACACAUUGUGAAUGCUGGUGUUUGCUCAGUGUUUGCGAAAAUCCUCAAAGAAAGUCAUAUGAAGGUACAGGCCAUGGUGGCUUGGGCUGUAUCAGAAUUGGCUGCUAAUCACCCCAAAUGUCAAGACCAUUUUGCACAGAACAACAUAAUUCGUUAUCUUGUUAGUCAUCUUGCCUUCGAGACGGUCGAAGAGCAUGAAAACUACAAGAAAUACAAGAAGAAGAUGUCCAUUGAUUCAGUCGUGUUGGCUAAAAACCGUACAAAUGCCACGAACAAUAUCAAAGAAAAUAUUGCAGAUGAGACCGAGACUAAGAUUGCUCAUCCAGCCGGUAAUCAACCCUCCAACCAAAUGCACAAUCUGGUUAAUGUGGCCAUGAAAAACCAGUCUCCUGGGCAGCAAAAUCACCCUCCAACCAAUCCUGCUAACCACAGCAAAGGCAACCUACAAAACAACACAAAGUCACACCAUCACACCAACCACGAUCCAAACCAUGUAUCAUUAGCAGGGCCGAGCAUCAAGGGAAGGGAACUCGAGGACCCAGAGACGAAAGCCAACAUGAAGGCGAUGGCUGCAAGAGCCAUCUGGCAGCUUUCAAAGGGGAAUGUCUCCAUUUGCCGCGGCAUUACAGAAUCAAGAGCACUUCUAUGCUUUGCAGUUUUACUAGAGAAGGGUCCCGAAGAUGUUCAAUCCUACUCAGCAAUGGCACUAAUGGAAAUCACUGCUGUGGCAGAGCAAAAUCCUGACUUGAGACGCGCUGCUUUCAAGCCCACCUCGCCUACUGCCAAAGCUGUUGUUGAUCAACUGAUCAAAGUAAUCGAAAAGGCAGACUCGGACCUUCUUGGUCCAUGUAUUAGAACCAUUGGCAAUUUAUCAAGGACUUUUCGAGCAACUGAGACGAGGAUUAUAGCGCCAUUGGUGAAGUUGCUCGAAGACAGGGAACCAGAUGUUACAAUGGAAGCUGCCAUUGCGCUCAACAAGUUUGCUUGCCCUGAUAAUUACCUCCAUGAUAAUCACUGCAAAGCAAUCAUCAAUGCUGGAGGCACCAAACAUCUAAUUCAGCUGGUUUACUUUGGAGAACAAAGUGUUCAGUUUCCUUCAUUGAUUUUGCUAUGUUACAUUGCACUAAAUGCCCCGGACAGUGAAGCACUGGCACAAGAUGAGGUGCUUAUAGUGCUUGAGUGGGCAUUGAAGCAGGCACAUUUCAUGGAAGAUCUAGAGAUUGAAGGUCUAUUACCAGAAUCCAAAAGUAGGUUGGAAAUCUAUCAAUCUAGAGGCACUAGAGGAUUCCAUUGAUUCAAUAAAUUUCUAUGUAACAUUAUCAAGUUGAAUUUCAACAUUUACUUUUAG